AUGAGCUCGGAGGAGUCCCUCAAAUCCCUCUCUGUGGACUACCUCAAUCUCCUCACCAAUGGUCAGGCAUUCAGCGACGUCGCAUUCAGCGUUGACGGCCGCCUCGUCCACGCGCACCGCUGCGUCCUCGCCGCGCGCAACCUCUUCUUCCAUCGCCUCUUUUGCAGCCCCGACCCCCCGCCGGGGAUCAACCUGCUAGACCUUAACCGCCACGACCACCACCACCAGCUUAGCCCUCGCUCCCCCUCUGGGCCGGCCACGGGGAGGGUGGGUGUGAACGCCGAGAUGGUGAUCCCGCUGAAUUCGGUGGGCUACGAGGCGUUCCUCCUGCUGCUCCAGUUCCUCUACAGUGGGCAGGUGACUGUCGUGCCGCCGAAGAACGAGCCCCGCCCUGAUUGCAGCGAUCGUGGCUGCGGCCACACCCAUUGCACCUCCGCCAUCGAUCUCGCGCUGAACACCAUAGCCACCGCCCGGGCCUUCGGUGCCCAGGAGCUUGCCUUGAUCACCCAGAAGCAAUUGGAGAGCAUAAUGGAGAAAGCAUCCAUCAAGGAUGUGAUGAAGGUCCUCACGGCCUCACACAACCAGGACAUGCACCAGCUCUGGACCACCUGCUCCCACCUCAUCGCCGAUUCGGGCCUCCCGCCGGAGGUCCUCGGCAAGCAUCUCCCCAUCGAAAUCGUCGCCACGAUUGAAGAGCUCCGCCUCAAGCCCGGCCGCCACUCCCUCCUGACCCACCACUCCCACCCCACCCACCACUACUUCCCAGCAGCUUCCCCAGCUGGGCGCGACGACCACCUCAAGAUCCACCGAAUGCGUCGUGCUCUCGACUCAUCCGACAUCGACCUCGUCAAGCUGAUGGUGAUGGGGGACGGUCUCGACCUCGACAAUGCCCUCGCCAUCCACUAUGCCGUACAAAACUGCAGCCGCGAGGUCGUGAAGGCCCUGCUCGAGUUCGGAGCAGCCGACGUCAACCGCCAGGCGGGGCCUGUCGGGAAGACACCCUUGCACAUUGCAGCCGAGAUGGUGAAUCCCGACAUGGUGUCGGUUCUCCUCGACCACCAUGCUGAUCCGAACGUCAGGACCAUUGAUGGUGUAUCCCCGCUCGACAAACUCCGCAACCUGACCUCUGACUUCCUCUUCAAAGGAGCAGUCCCGGGGCUGUCCCACAUUGAGCCCAACAAGCUCAGGCUGUGCCUCGAACUAGUCCAGUCAGCUGCGUUGGUUAUAUCCCGGGAACAGGAGGCGGCUGCUGCUGCCACCACCGCCUCCGCUACUGGAGGCGGUGCAAGCGGUGGAAGCAAUCUUAACACAGCCAUCCACCAGUCAAUGAGUACAGAAGAAAAUGAUUGCAAUAAUUCCACGGACACUGACAGCAGUAUGGUUAGCCUUAGUUUGAAUUCAAGGGCGGUGUACUUGAAUCUAGGAAUGGCUCCUGCUUCUCAUUUGGGUUGUACGAUUGGUAAUGGAAGGCAGUAACCGAAGUAGGUCUUCUUAUAUAAGCUAAGAUUUUGUCCAUUCUAUAUUGUCGUGAGGU